CGAACCAGUUCCCUGAAUCUGAACUUCCAAGCUCUCCCCACUGAACCUGAUGUCUCCGCGGAGAGCGAGGCGCAAACGAACAUCACCGCCGACGACGACGCCAGCUCGAACUCCACGGAAACCGCCGGUGCUAAGAACGCGUCUUCGGCGAAUCCGAUCCGCUGCCUCCCCAGCAACGUGACGAGAAACGAAGACGAAGAGUACAACACGCUACAACUAAUAAACGGCACGGCUUUACUACAGGAGCUCUCGCCCGCGCCGAACAAGACCAACUCGACGGGCGGCCGUUGCAUCGUGGUGACUUUCUACUCGCCUUACUGCAAUUUCUGCGCCGGCGCCGCGCCCUACGUCAAUGCCCUGCCCGCCGCGUUUCCAGAUCUCGAAUUCUACGCCGUGGACGUCGUCAAGUCGAGCAGCAUAAACAUGCGCUACGGGCUAGUCGCCGUUCCCAGCAUACUGCUCUUCCACAACGGUCGCGCCGUUGCGAAGUUCAACGACACGUCGGUCACGAUGCAAGGUUUGGUGUCGUUCGUCACCAAGCACACCGGCAUGCAGGCCACUCGGCCUCUGGACCCGGAUUACAGCGGCCCACUAGCCGAUACGCCUUUGGAGUACACCGACUGGGUGCUCGUCUCGGCCUGGCUCUUCACCGUAGUCUGUGCAGUGGGCGCCUUCCUGCGCUCUAGCAUGUGCAAGAGGAUGGUUGCCAGCGUACAGAACGCUUGGCGGGAAGCGCAGCACCAGCAUCAAGACUGAGCAUUGUGCGUAACAGUACGUCAUCUGCGACGCAAGUUCUCACGAUGCUUUCUGGUCGGAUUAAUAGCUUUUGAAAAUGCCACCCCGUGACACAAUAUCAUUGUGUCAUCGUGGAUCUCUAUAAUGAACGGGGGUCGUAACCGCGGGUUGUAGUGUGUGGGUUGUUGUAGAAGUCAGUCGUUCGAGUCAAGUGGACUUUGCCGGCAACCCACUGUACAUAACGUGACGCAACGAAUUGGGCUGUUCAGACCAGCCAAGUAUUUGCUGGUUGUCCAAUCUGCGAUUUGUAGAGUGUGUACCACGAAGAGGGCAUUUGUCAGGAAAGCGGUGCUCUCUUGUAGCUGAUGGUGACAAGUGGCAACAAAGAGCUGGGCUCUUUCAUCAUCGUUGAAGAUGACCUUUGUGGCAUAGACUCGCAAACGCGAUCUAAUGGAUAAUGACCGCAAAGCGCAUGGUGAUGUUCGGUGCAAUAUGAUAUGUACAUAAGUCGUAUACUGCUGUGUGUCCAGUGAAGUCUUCACGAAUAGACAUGUUUUGCUUCUAGACUUACAUAAACGCAACAGCACUGUUUGACCAUUGCAUGUUCAUGUGUGCGUUAUGCUAGAAAACCUGCAGUGGAGCCACGAUAUCCAGCGCUCACAUAAUUGCAAAAUGUUUAGGCACUGCAAUGGCGUAGCCAGGUGUGCCGUUUUGGGGGUGUCAAACCCCCCUCCCCCCUAAGGUUAUAGAUAGCUUGCAUGGGAUGUCGUGGUCGGAGCUUUAGACGGACUGGUUCACUAAAACGGUGACCUUGAUGACCCGACUACAGCAUAAUCACAUCGCAUUUAUCCCGAUUCAAUACACUGACAUCAGCGUACAGUAGACAUACCCUAAAGGGUGUCUAGUAGGAAGCUGACUUUGCUGUACUGUGGCUUGCGACUGACAGUGCUAUCGUCACGUAACAAUGUGAUAACGAUGCGGCCAGAAUUUCAUUGGCUUCUUUGUGUGAACAAGAGAACUUGCAAGUGAUGCAACGAUAACACGCAGUUUCAGGUGACGUCACGGACUUUGCCUGUGUGAUGUAGUGCACCAGCAUGGAGGUUUUAGUGAAUCAGUGCAAGCCAUCUAUAGUACCCUUCAUGCACCGAGCCUCAACAGACAAAGCAAUGACAGCAUUGCAAGGCCACCGCGCUACACUGCAGGCCAUAUAAUUUGUGAAGGUGCAGGGAAAUACUAGAAAACUCAUGCGUAGGCUAUACUUGUCCUUCUAGCCUGCUUACACAGUUCGCGUAUCAUCUUGCACAUGGUGGUGUUUGCUGCACGACACCGAGAGUGAUCAUUUAACAAAGUUUUAUGUAGUGGGCACAUCUGUGUGCCAUGGCCGUACGUCAACAAACUUGCAUUUUUAUGGCCAGCUA